AUGGAAGAGGCGAAAAAGCGAAAAGUCAAAAGAGGAAAAAGUGGCGCUCGAGGAACUGGAAUAAUGGCGAAGUACCUGGAGGAGUUCGGGCCGCAGGCGGAGGCGCCCACCGACGAGCGAGCCCCGGCGUGCUGCGCUGCUGACGAAGUUGCUGCUGGCAUUUCUGAAGAGCUGCAAAGCCUUUCUGAGCGCUCGCGGCGCUUCCAGGUCUACAGCCAACUCUUGCCCGGAGUUGCCUUUAUUCGCUUUUGUGGGGAAAAAGAUAUUCCUUCGGAGAUUUGCUGCGGGCUGCUGCAGUGCGCCCUCGACAAUCCGCACAAGUUUUCUUGCAGGCACGUCUCGCGUGUGCUGCCGGUGGACAUUUGCUCGGAGCCUUCGCUGCAGCAGUUUGCUGCUGCAUGCAAACAGCUUUGCUGCUGCUUCUUGCCUUAUUCAAACGCAGCAGCAAACAGCUGCCAAGAAGCAGCAGCAGCAGCAGCAGCAGCAGGUGACGCCGCAGGUGGAACGGCAGCAGCAGCGGCUACAGAAGCACCAGCAGCAGCAGCUGCACCAGAAGCUGCUGCUGCUGCUGACAACAGGGAUGCUGCUGCAGCAGCAAAAGCAGCAGCAGCAGCAGCAGAUGCAGCGGCAGUAGAAACGCAUGAGGCGGACCAAGCAGCAGGUGCAGCACCAGCCCCAGCAGCAGCAGCAGCAGCAGCAAAUGGCGCGAACAAUUCAACAAACAACGCAAAUGGCAAACACCCAAUUCUCAAACCCUCGGGGGCCCCCCAGGGGGCCCCCAGAGGGGCCCCAAGUGGGGCCCCAUUGGGUCUGUGUGAAGGGUCGCCAUCUGGAGUCCCUGAAGGCACUAUGAAGGGGGCCCCCCAGGGGGGCCCCCCAGGGGCCCCCCAGGGGGAGGGGCCCCCAGGGGGCCCCCAGGAGGAGGGGGCCCCUGGGGGCCCCCACGGGGGGCCCCCCGAGGGUACUUGGAAAGGGACUUGGGCGUGCGCGUUUAGCAGCAGAGGUUUUGGAACAGCAAAUAAGAAAAGUGUUUUGGAAGUUUUGGAUUCUGCAGUUGGAAAGAAUUAUAAAGUGGAUUUAAAUAAUGCAACUUUUACUUUUGUUGCAGAAGUUAACCCCUAUUUCUUUGGAGUCUCCAUCGUGAAGGAUUAUGGAAAACUUUUUAGAUACAACUUGCACAGGUGCUGCCACCCGGAAGCAGCAGCAGCAAGCAGCAGCAGCAACGGCAGCAGCAGCAAACAACAGCAGCACUGGACAGCAGCACCAGCAAACAGUAGCGACGAAGAGCAGCAGCAGGAAGAAGCAGCAGCAGCAAGCAGCAGCGACGAGCAGGAGCAGCAAGAAGCAGCAGCAGGGAACAGCAGCAGGAAACAGCAGCAGCAGCAACAAACGAAAGUAGCAGCAGCCAACAGCAGCAGCUGCAACCAGCAGCAGCAAGUAGCAGCAGCAGAAUAG